AUGGGGCUACCGCUUCCACCUGCUGACCAGCCGCUGCAAUUCCCUGCUGACCAACCACCACUAUCGACUUCCAUCCAGUUGCCACAAACUGCCAUCCAGUCGCCAAAUUCAUAUCCUGCCCCCACAGUUAACAGUCAUCCACCUGCCAACCAGCCACAACAAACUGCCGUCCAGUCGCCACAGUCCUAUCCUGCCCCCGCAGUUAACAGCCAUUCACCUGCCAACCAGCCACAACAAACUGCCGUCAAGUCGCCACAGUCCUAUCCUGCCCCCACAGUUAACAGUCAUCCACCUGCCCACCAGCCACAACAAACUGCCGUCCAGUUGCCACAGUCCUAUCCUGCCCCCGCAGUUAACAGCCAUUCACCUGCCAACCAGCCACAACAAACUGCCGUCCAGUCGCCACAGUCCUAUCCUGCCCCCACAGUUAACAGUCCUCCACCUGCCAACCAGCCACAACAAACUGCUGUCCAGUCGCCACAGUCCUAUCCUGCCCCCACACCACAACAAACUGCCGUCCAGUCGCCACAGUCCUAUCCUGCCCCCGCAGUUAACAGCCAUUCACCUGCCAACCAGCCACAACAAACUGCCGUCCAGUCGCCACAGUCCUAUCCUGCCCCCGCAGUUAACAGCCAUUCACCUGCCAACCAGCCACAACAAACUGUUGACAUGUUGCCACCACCUCCUCCACCAGUGAAUCAGCAGACAUGGCAAGACUCCUCUUGGCCGCAAGCAUCUGGAUCAUACGUGUAUCCAGCGUAUGAAGAACCAUCGGCGUCACCCUGCAGCCAGCAGAAUUCCUUCUUGGGGUCCAUGGAUAUGUUCAACAGCGGAACGUCGAUGACUAUGACAUCUACUCCAGCCAAUACCAAUGAUUGCCAGCCUCAUCUAACCAGAUAUUCUUCAGACACGCUCCACCCACUUCUGACAUAUGCAGAAUUGAAGCAAGAAAAUGAGGCCUUGAAAGAAGAGGUAGACUACCUCCACCGUGAGCUGGCCAAGCAAAAAGCAAAGCCUUCUAAUUUAGGUCUUCCAAUUCCAUGUACUCAUGGAAAUGUUAAAUUUCUCGAAGGCAUAUUGGAUAGUUGCCGAAAAUCAGUUGGGGAAAACUCUUCAGCAUCCAAGAAACUGUUUGAGGAAGAUGGUAUGGAGUGCGGCUUAGACGAGACAGCAAGCCAGGACGCAUCAUACACAAGUGAAGUAGGUCAGCCAUCAGUGGAUGAUGCUCCUUGGAAGAGGCAAACCACUUCCGCUGGCCAUCCAAAGUUGUUGGAUGGCCAUGAUGUUUACAUCACGAAACAUCAAUUGCAAAGCUUCAAGCAGCAAAAAACCCAGAGGCAAACCGUCGCCAGGCUGCUUGAUAUUUUCUUCUUGAAGAAGGUGCUGGGGUCAAGCGUGGCCCUGGGGAAGAGGGGUGGAAAGACAAGUCUUCCGAGUGAUGUCACUCAAGCUAUAUACGCUUAUAUUCUGGAUGGUCAGAGCAGCAAGGAUUACACUGGUGCGCCAAUGACCAGAGUUGAGGUCACAAAGAAGAUUAACAGCUGCUGUUUCAAUGCUGCCCCACCAAAACGAAAGAAUGCUGCCCCACCAAAACGAAAGAAUGCUGCCCCACCAAAACGAAAGAAUGCUGCCCCACCAAAACAAAAGAAUGCUGCCCCACCAAAACAAAAAAAUGCUGCCCCACCAAAACAAAAGAAUGCUGCCCCACCAAAACGAAAGAAUGCUGCCCCACCAAAACGAAAGAAUGCUGCCCCACCAAAACGAAAGAAUGCUGCCCCACCAAAACGAAAGAAUGCUGCCCCACCAAAACGAAAGAAUGCUGCCCCACCAAAACGAAAGAAUGCUGCCCCACCAAAACGAAAGAAUGCUGCCCCACCAAAACGAAAGAAUGCUGCCCCACCAAAACGAAAGAAUGCUGCCCCACCAAAACGAAAGAAUGCUGCCCCACCAAAACGAAAAAAUGCUGCCCCACCAAAACGAAAGAAUGCUGCCCCACCAAAACGAAAGAAUGCUGCCCCACCAAAACGAAAGAAUUUAAAACCUAAAUUAGACUCGUGCUGCAAAUCUUGUUUGUGUGGGAUACCCUUUUGA